GGUUCAAUCUUUUUAGUUCCAAAAAAUAAAAAUAAAACGACAGCAGCAUUAAACUCCACGAAUCUGGAGAAUGGGUAUUUGUAGUUCUUGCGAUUCGAAUCAUGUAGCCACGGCCAAGCUGAUUCUCCAAGACGGAAGAUUGCAAGAGUUCCCUUACCCUGUUAAGGCUUCUUACGUUAUACAGACGAACCCCACGUGUUUCAUCUGCAACUCCGAUGAAAUGGACUUCGACGACGUCGUGUCGGCCAUCGAAGAAGACGAGGAGCUUCAACCCGGUCAACUUUACUUUGCCUUGCCGUUGAGUUUUCUUAAACAUCGCCUGCGGGCUGAAGAAAUGGCUGCAUUGGCUGUUAAAGCUAGCUCCGCUUUGAUGAAAAGUAAUAACCGUGGUGAAACAUGUGGAUGCAGAUGUAAAACCGUUACUCCUUUUCCGGUUCCGGAGGAGUCUCAUCGUCGGAAAGUUGCCUCUGCCGGCAGUGCCGGCGGUGGUGCGAAGAGAGGGAGGAGAAAGUUACAGGCUAUGUUGAGUGUUAUUCCCGAAUAGGGAGGGGUUAUUUUGGGUAAAGAAGAGUGAUAUUUUUGUAAAUAAGCAAUGAUGUUGAGCGGUUGUUAGUGUAAUCUUUGGUAGAAAUGGAGGUGAUUACCUUAA